ACGUCAACGUCCUCCUCCCCCCUUCCCCACUCAAAACACUCCCCGUCGUCGCCAUGUUCACCGCUGCCCGUUCGCUCAGGCAAGCCGUCUCCCGCAAUGGCAACUAUGCCAACAUUCCCCGCUCCAUGAUCGCGAGGAACAUGAACUCGAAGGUAUCCGGCCCCGUUGUCGGUAUUGACUUGGGUACCACGAACUCUUGUGUCUCCGUUAUGGAGGGCCAGACGUCGCGUGUGAUUGAGAACUCGGAGGGCGCACGGACAACACCGUCCGUCGUCGCUUUCACAAAACAUGGAGAGCGUCUCGUCGGUCUCCCUGCUAAGCGUCAGGCCGUCGUGAACUCGCAAAAUACCGUCUUCGCCUUCAAGCGUUUGAUUGGUCGUCAGUUCAGGGACAAGGAGGUCCAAGAGGACGCGAAGCACUGGCCAUUUAAGAUCGUCCCAAAGUCCGAUGGACGACCAGCGGUAGAGGUCGAGUCGAACGGCAAGAACCAGCAAUUCUCUCCGGAAGAGCUCUCCUCCAUGGUCCUCGCGAAGAUGCGCGAGACUGCUGAGCAGUUUUUGAACAAGAAGGUUAACCACGCUGUCGUCACCGUACCCGCUUACUUCAAUGACGCUCAACGACAAGCGACCAAGGACGCUGGCCAGAUCGCCGGUCUUGAGGUUCUCCGUGUCAUCAACGAGCCUACCGCCGCCGCACUCGCAUAUGGUCUCGACCGUAACGAGAACUCCGUCAUCGCUGUCUACGAUCUCGGUGGUGGAACCUUCGAUAUCUCCAUUCUCGAGAUGCAGAAGGGCGUUUUCGAGGUGAAGUCAACGAACGGUGACACACAUCUCGGUGGUGAGGACUUCGACGUCCUUCUCGUCAACCACGUCCUCAACGAGUUCAAGAAGGAGUCAGGCGUUGACAUCUCCGAGGACCGUAUGGCGAUCCAGCGUAUCCGUGAGGCUGCCGAGAAGGCCAAGAUCGAGCUUUCGUCGACGUCCCAGACCGAAAUCAACUUGCCCUUCAUCACCGCUGACGCCUCCGGACCCAAGCACAUCAACGUGAAGCUCAUGCGUUCGCAGUUCGAGAGCCUGACUGCCCCAUUGAUCCAGCGUACCGUCGAGCCUUGUAAGAAGGCGCUUGCGGAUGCUGGUGUGAAGGCUAGCGAUAUCAACGAGGUCAUCCUCGUCGGUGGUAUGACCCGUAUGCCCCGUGUCGUCGAGACCGUCAAGUCCAUCUUCGGUCGCGAGCCUUCGAAGGGUGUCAACCCCGAUGAGGCCGUCGCCAUUGGUGCUUCUAUCCAGGGUGGUGUCCUUGCCGGCAACGUCACUGACAUCCUCCUUCUCGAUGUUACUCCUCUUUCUCUCGGUAUCGAGACCCUCGGUGGUAUCAUGACCAAGCUCAUUUCCCGCAACACGACCAUCCCCACCAAGAAGUCGCAGGUAUUCUCGACUGCCGCUGACGGUCAGACCGCCAUCGAGGUCAAGAUCUACCAGGGAGAGCGUGAGCUCGUCAGGGACAACAAGAUGCUCGGCAACUUCAACCUCGUUGGUAUUCCUCCCGCUCCCAAGGGUGUUCCCCAGAUCGAGAUCACCUUCGACAUCGACGCCGACGGUAUCGUGCACGUUAACGCUAAGGACAAGGCCACCAACAAGGAUCAGUCCAUGACUAUCGCUUCCUCGUCCGGUCUCAGCGACAAGGACAUCGAGCGCAUGGUCUCCGACGCUGAGCAGUACGCCGAGACUGACAAGGCCCGCCGUGACGUCAUCGAGGAGUCGAACAAGGCUGAGUCUGUCUGUGCCGACACUGAGAAGGCUAUGAACGAGUUCAAGGACCAGCUUGACCAGACCGAGAAGGACAAGGUGACCAAGCACCUCGCUGACCUCCGCGAGCUCGCCGCGAAGGGUCAGGCCGGUGACGCCUCCGCCACUGCCGAUGCCAUCCGUGAGAAGAUCAACGAGGCCCAGCAGGCCUCCCUUGGUCUCUUCCAGAAGGUGUAUGAGAAGAGGAACGCGGAGAACAACCCUCCUUCUGAGGAGACCCCCAAGGAGGAGAAGAAGGAUUAAGUGCCUCGCUGAGUGGUGCUCGGUUCGUUCUUUGACUCUUUCCGUGGAUUCUUCUCGUCGUGUUCGCUUUCGUUCAUCGGACAUUACUAGCCUUAGUGUCCCCCCUUCUUCCUCGCGCAUGCAUCUCUGCUCCUCAUCGCACCUUACUUAGAGCCUCCGGUUUAAAAGUACCCCCUUAUAUCGUCGCACGCUUUCUUCCCCCCUUUUUAUGAUAUGUUACUCUACUCACGCUUAUACAUACGUACGCCCACAACGCAUCCCCAUCCCCCGCUCUCCACGCACCACUCGACGCCCUUCACCCUUCAAUAUCAUCCCACCGCCGAUUUACUUACAUCUUCAUAUCGUCCCGACUCGCAUCGCACCACACAACCCCCGCUCAGUAGUUACCAUUUAUCACUUUUCCGGCCUCGUCCUUUAUAGUCGUCUACAUAUACUCGUACUCUUCAUGCUUCGUUCAUGCUAUGUAGUUGACAGCUCC